GGACGAGGUGAUGGUCUUAUCUCUGGUACUCCAGUCGGAAGACCGCCAGUGAUUAACCCACAGUACGCACCUAGUGCUCCUCCUCUACAUGUGCCUCAAUCUACACACAUGGCGUCCUCCUCCAAUACUGUUGUCGUUGUACCGCGAUCCAGGUCUCCUUCGCCGGCACCUUCAGCGGCAAAUGCAAUUGUCCCGUACAAACCUAGAACGAACAUCGGCAGCGGCAUGGGUUACAACCAUCCGAUGAGGAGCAACCAAGGCGAGAUUGCUGCUCUGCUUCGAAAGCUUGUGAACAGUGACAGAGAAAAACGAGAAAGGAGGAGGUGUGAAGAGGACAAGAAGCAAAAAGAGGAGCAGAUGCUAAAGGCAAAAGAAGAAGAGGAGAAGCGGCGAGAGGAGAAUGAGAGGAAGGAGGCUGACAGGGACGUAAGAAUGGUCAAACUGUUUGAUGAACAGUUUGCGGCCAUGGAGAGAAAGAAAGAUGACGCGGUGGUUGGUAAAAGACAUCCUGCGAAUGGUAAGGAGAUAGCAUCAAGAGGCGUGAGAUCAAGUGAGGACAAGCCCAAGGCACGAGACGGGAGCCUUAAGAUCGGUGACAAUGAAGCGAAGAAGAGGGGUCAAGAAGCACUCCAGGGUGGGUCACCGCUGCAACCAGAUGCCGGACGACAGAAGGUGCAACCUGAAGCAAUUAUGGGUCCGCUUGAUGCCAGACUCCGACUAUUGAAUUUCAAUACUCUCAAGCGUGAACAAGAGUCUCCUUCGCCGGCACCUUCAGCGGCAAAUGCAAAUGUCCCGUACCAACCUAGAAUGAACAUCCGCAGCGCCAUGGGUUACAACAAUCCGAUGAGGAGCAACCAAGGCGAGAUUGCUGCUGUGCUUCGAAAGCUUGUGAACAGUGACAGAGAAAAACGAGAAAGCGGGAGGUGUGAAGAGGACAAGAAGCAAAAAGAGGAGCAGAUGCUAAAGGCAAAAGAAGAAGAGGAGAAGCGACGAGAGGAGAAUGAGAGGAAGAAGGUUGACAGGAAAGUAAGAAUGGGCAAACUGUUUGCUGAACAAUUUGCGGCCAUGGAGAGAAAGAAGAAAGAUGACGAGGCGGUUGGUAAAAGAGAUCCUGCGAAGGGUAAGGAGAUAGCAUCCGGAGGCGUGAGAUCAAGUGAGGACAAGCCCAAGGCACGAGACGGGAGCCUUAAAAUCGGUGACAAUGAAGCGAAGAAGAGGGGUCAAGAAGCACUCCAGGCAUACUUCCUAGAAUGGAGAAAUGGCGUGCGAACAAAGCGGGGGUUCGCCAUUAACCCGUCGCAAGUCAUCGACAUCGGCGAGUGGGAGGCGGCAUACAACCAGCAUUCCUUGGAUCCCGUGCAAAUACGGGACAUUAUUGACGCAAUGACGAUGGCCUACUCUCAGGCCAAGAAGACUUACCAGCUGCCGACACUAAAGCUCGCGCCUCUCGGGCUGGUUAAAUCGACGCCCGGGGUGCGGGCGGAUCGUCUGAGGCCGGAGGACUGGAAGGACGAGCUGGUAGGGCAAUACUACUACUACGCUGUGGCAGGCCAGCAUAACGUGGCUGCGGCCAGGGCGCUGCUUGGCACCGAUGUGGCGGUGAGGUACAACUUCGAGCGUUGGGCUGCACAAAUGGUGUACUUCUCGGACGAGGACUUUGAGGGGUACUUUCUGGUCAGCGCCGAGGACAACAAAAAAUACCUGAAGGCCCCUCCGAGACAGCUGAAACUCUCCAUAAGAGACAUUCGGUGGUGUUGGAAGGAAUUGGGUUACCCAAAAGCUGUUAUGGGUAACCCCAACGGGAAACAGGCGCAGGUGGAGGCAUGGCGAAGAUUUUGUGCGGAGGCGCUCCACAGGAUGCCGUACAAUCACUUUUGGACUCUCGCCGAUGACAAGACUGAGAAAGGAAUCAAGAAACAGAAUGCUGCCCUUCGAUCCUAUUUCCCACUCGCGAUGGCAGGGAAAAGCGCAUGGGAAACCGGGAUGGAAUUUUUCGAGAGAUGGGAAACUGCCAGACUGCUGGCACCGGAAGGAGCGAAGUGGAUCGCGAAGAAGAAGAAGGUGCAGGGCCUCAAGCCAGGUGUGAGCCACAUCGAAAAUGAGAAGGACGGGCGAAAGGUGGUCGUCUACAAUGUCCCCGUCGAAGGGCCACAAAAGAAAGGCAAGAAGGAAAAAGAGCCAGGCGACUGGUUCGUCCAGGUCACCGAGCCGGAUCCGCAUUGCUGGAAGAGCAUGGAGGCCCUUAACGACAAUGAGAAAUGCCGGUUGUUGAAGAAGGUUCUCAACUGCGAGGUUGUCUGGGUGCAGACAGGGUCCUCCGCGUUGGCGAAGCAAAAGAAGCUGGGGAUGCAAGAGGCAGUGCAAUUGGUGAAGUGCGAUCGCAUAUUGGUGCGGUUGUGGAACUACUACCAGUUCAAGCAUGAGAACCGGCCAGACAGUGACUGGACCACUAAGUACCCCUUCCUGAAAAAACAAGAGGCGAUUUUGGCAAAGUUUGAAGGGCAGGGGCUGGAUGCAGCGUUGUGGGACGGGAGCAGGAAACUUGUCAGCGACUCCUCCUUGUUCAAGGACUGUCUGCCCUACAUGGGUUGUGAGGAUGACAAGUCGAUCAAGGCGACAGAAAAGCUAGUCCAAAACAAGAAGUUGCCCAUCGACUGGAAGAACAAGGUCCUCUCCGUGUUGACCGGCAGCAGGUCGAAAAGCAUGGAAGUCGCGCUGUCCGAAGGGAUGGUGCACAUUCUGUGGAACGACUCGAAGGACGUCACAACUAUUGCCCCGUUCGGCGUCGACCCUCUGGAUGCGCAGAUGAAGGUCGUGGAGUUGGAGAGGGCGGUCGGAAUCAUGAAAUGCCACACGUGCGUUCUCGAGUUGUGCGAACCGGUGGACAUCAAACAGUGGACAGCUAAAGUCUUCAAGAGUUUGAAUGCCCUCGUGGAGCACUUGUUCCCCUCGCACUGGACAGUAGUCGCGUUCGUCCCCCGUGAGCACGACUACUACUUCAUGACCAGCCAACACCAUCUGUCUGUUGUGAAGGCAAUGGCUGGGAAGUGGGUGAGGAGAACGCAGCAGAAGAAAAGUUUCGGUGUCGGCCACAACUUGUACUCCUUGGACGACCGCAUGUACAUCCUUUUCAAAGGCGACGACUUGCGGGAGAACACAUAUGUUGUCUACGACGCGAGGUUGGCGGCGGAUGAUGCUGCCGCGGUGGGGGCACUUCAGAAAGUGACUCCCACUGAGAUAUCCGACAUGCCGUUCAACGCUUGUGAAUGGCCCGUCGUGAUACAUGGGCAUGAUCCCGUGGUGUACAAGGGCCAUGAGCGGAACCCCACACAAUUCGCCCAUCUGCUGGAAUUCCUUUGCGAAAAGGGGGACGACAUCAUGUUCCUCGGGAAAGCGCACGCACAAGUUGUGUGGGAGGUUUUGAAGGGUGGUCGCAACGUCAUCGCGUUGGAGGGGAAUUCGGAGUGGUUGCAAUUCACGUUGGAUUUCCUGAAAACCGCGGUCAACUCGGGAGCAUACCACUGCGAGUUCAUUACAAAGAGUGAGAAGCCGAGACGCGUUUGGGAUCCUUCGACGGACAUGUGGUUCAAGCUAAGCGCCCGGAAAAGGAGCAGGAUCUACGAGUUCCUCUUCUUCGAGAAGAGUCCUGCGAGGGGCACCGACAUCGAUUACAUGCGCCGCAAGGAACACAUGUUGGCGCUGCUAGACAACUAUCACGGCGCCAUGCGCCUGAACGCGAAGAACUUCCUGGACCGACUGGAGUUAUUGUACUUUGUCGAAUCCGAGCCGGCGUCGGAGAUGGGCGCCGCCCUGGCUGUGCGGGAGGCGACGUCACCGGCCCUUCGACAAGGCCGAUCUGCGGAGUCACAGAGAGAGAUUGCUGGUGCAGCGCCGUCCGCCUUCCUUGCGACGAAGUCCGCCGGUAUCCGUACUUCGUCCGUGACAUGCUUGCAGUCGGAGGAGGCAGGGACGACGGAAGGUGCUACGUCUGUUCAUACAGACGACCGCUCCUUGGGAUCCGCCUUGAUGCGGCUGCAAGGAGCCGAGUCGCGUGAGACUGACGGGGGGGAAGAAUGGGUGGAAGUCGAGGGCGGGGAAGAAGGGGAAGACGGUGAAGAAGGAGGACUCAGUAUUACAGACGAGGAAUCGGUGGAUGCCGGAGACGAGGAUGUCUGUGGGGAGACAUCUAAUUCGUUCGGUCUGGUGUACGCCAUACCAGGUGAAGGUGAUAUCGACGACGACGCGACGGCAAUGGAGAUGGAGACGCAGGUGGUUAGUGGCCUUUCCGUGGACCACAAAGAAUAUGAUGCCCUUCACCUGGCCACGGCGGUGCAUCCCCCCGACGGGUGCGACGAGGCUAUCAUGACAGUGAGCCCGGCAAAAACGACUCGCCGUCUUAGCGUCAACGAGGUCAUUGAUAGCAUACUGGGCGACGUGCAAGCUAAAACACUUCCAUCCACCCCGUCAAAAGACGAUGCCCUUCUCAGCAACGAAACUUUCGCGGUCGGAGACUUGGCGCUCAUCCAACCGUGCUUUCCGGUACCCUGGUCACCGCUCGCAGGAGGAAGGGGGGGGGUUGUUAAGGGCCGCCAGCACAUCACGUCCCCGAAAAAGUGCAGGGGAGGCACUCCGGCCCUGGCUGUCCUCGCCUUACCAGCGCCCACGUCGCCGACGAAGGAGCGGAAAGAAAAACAAGCUGGUAAGCAUUGACGAUCGUCGCGAUGCAGGCACUCCCGCGUUUCGGGAUUGCCGGUUUAUGCCCCACGUUAGAUGGACAAAAUUCCGCUUCACUUGUCAGCGAGGACCAAUUGGCCUCUUGUUCUUUAACACACUGUCACGCUUUAUUCUGUGACCGCUCAUUCGCUCCUCCCUCUACAAGUCCUUUGUCGCCGUCUCAACUUUCUAUCUCUGGCCGACACCUGUAGUGCGGAUACCGGCGGACUACAAGAUAG